GGGAAGGGUGAGAUAUUGUGUUAUAUAUAUGUGUAGUUUCACUCAACGCCACAGUGUAUUUCUUCAUACCCAACACUUCCACUUCUAUACUCCUUCAGUCUUUGACAAGUAGGUUUGUUCUCUAUCUCUCUUGGAAGCUUAGUCUCUAGCUUGGUAACAGAACGUAGUAAUGGCUGGACAACUUGGAGUGCUGAAUGCACUUGAUGUGGCCAAGACACAAUGGUACCACUUCACUGCAAUUGUUAUAGCUGGAAUGGGUUUCUUCACUGAUGCCUAUGAUCUUUUCUGCAUUUCCCUUGUCACCAAGCUUUUGGGGAGGAUAUAUUACACACAGCCAGGUGCAGCAAAGCCAGGAACUCUUCCUCCAAGAGUUCAAUCUUCUGUGACAGGUGUGGCACUAUGUGGCACAUUAGCUGGCCAACUAUUCUUUGGUUGGCUUGGUGACAAAAUGGGAAGGAAAAAGGUCUAUGGCUUAACUCUUGUCCUCAUGGUAGUGUGCUCCAUUGCCUCAGGGCUCUCCUUUGGAUCAACUCCAAAGGGUGUCAUGGCAACACUUUGUUUCUUCAGGUUCUGGCUAGGGUUUGGGAUCGGUGGUGACUACCCUCUUUCUGCCACAAUCAUGUCUGAAUACGCCAACAAGAAGACUCGUGGGGCGUUCAUAGCAGCAGUGUUUGCCAUGCAAGGAUUUGGAAUCUUGGCUGGUGGAGUAGUUGCCUUGGUUGUUUCAUAUGCAUAUGACCAAAAGUACAAGGUUCCUACUUAUGAACAAGAUCCAGAAGCAUCCUUGGUGCCUGCAUUUGACUAUGUUUGGAGAAUAGUUUUGAUGUGUGGUGCAGUACCAGCAGCACUCACCUACUACUGGCGCAUGAAAAUGCCAGAGACUGCACGUUACACAGCCCUUGUGGCCAAGAAUGCAAAACAAGCUGCUGCAGACAUGUCCAAGGUGUUACAAGUGGAACUUGAAGCUGAAGAGGAAAAGGUGAAGGAAUUAACAGAGAAUGAGGGCAACAAGUAUGGUUUGUUCAGCAAGGAGUUUGUGAAACGCCAUGGUUUGCAUUUGGUUGGAACCACCACCACUUGGUUCCUUUUGGACAUAGCAUUCUACAGCCAGAACCUUUUCCAAAAGGACAUUUUCAGUGCAAUUGGGUGGAUCCCUAAAGCACAGGAAAUGAAUGCAAUCCAUGAGGUGUAUAAGAUUGCAAGAGCACAAACACUUAUAGCACUGUGCAGCACUGUGCCAGGUUACUGGUUAACAGUGUUGUUUAUUGAUCGCAUGGGCCGUUUUGCUAUCCAGCUGAUGGGGUUCUUCUUCAUGACUGUGUUCAUGUUUGCUUUGGCCAUACCCUAUGAUCAUUGGACUAAGAAAGCAAACAGAAUUGGGUUUGUUGUGAUGUACUCUCUCACUUUUUUCUUUGCCAAUUUUGGUCCAAAUGCCACCACAUUUGUUGUGCCAGCAGAGAUUUUCCCUGCAAGACUAAGGUCUACUUGUCAUGGAAUUUCUGCUGCUGCAGGAAAGGCUGGUGCAAUUGUGGGUGCAUUUGGAUUCCUCUAUGCUGCACAAAGCAAGGACCCUUCCAAGACUGAUGCAGGGUACCCUACAGGUAUUGGGAUCAAGAACUCCCUUAUUAUGCUUGGUGUGAUCAACUUCAUUGGGAUGUUGUUUACCUUGAUGGUUCCAGAAUCAAAGGGAAAAUCAUUGGAGGAGUUGAGUGGGGAGAAUGAUGAAAAUGAUGUUGUGGACACUCACCAUGCAGUGUCUGCUAGAACAGCUCCUGUUUGAUUGAUGUUUGUGUUCAACAAAGUGGUUGUAUUUUUAUUUUUUAUUUUGUUUAUUUAAAAUAGACUCAUGGUGAUUGUACUUUUAUUUGUUAGCUAAAUGUAUUAAGAAUAAAUAAUACACAUCACUUAAUGAUAAUU